CGAUGCUGACCGACAGCCUGGUGGAGGAGUUCGAGAUAGGCGAAGAUGAACCGUGGUACGACCAGCAGGACCUGCAGCAAGAUCUCCAUCUUGCUGCUGAACUUGGGAAGACGCUGCUGGAUCGGAACACAGAGCUGGAGACCUCUCUGCAGCAGAUGUAUGCCACCAAUGAAGAGCAGCUACAGGAGAUAGAGUACCUUACAAAACAGGUGGAACUCCUGCGUCAGAUGAAUGACCAGCAUGCCAAAGUCUACGAGCAGCUUGACAUCACUGCUAGAGAUCUAGAAGAUGCUAAUCAAAAACUAGUGGUGGAUAGUAGAUCUUCGCAGCAAAAGAUCUUAAGCCUUACUGAGACCAUUGAAAGUCUUCAAACACACAUCGAUGACCUUCAGAGGCAAGUGGAGGAGCUGAAGAACUCUGGGCAGGGCUGCAUGAACCGUGAAAGAUCUGAGCAGCCGAGAUCGGUUCACAGUUUUUCGUGCCUGAAAGAGCUGUAUGACCUUCGAAAAUAUUUUGUUUACGAUCAUAUUUUUGCAGAAAAAAUUACAUCUCUAGAUACGCAGCUGUGCCCUGUGGAGGAGGAAAACCAGAGCCUGAAGAAGGCGGUGACUCUCUUGCAAGCCCAGCUUGAGAUGGAAAAAGAGAAGAGGGUGACGAUGGAGGAGGAGUACAGCCUCGUGCUGAAGGAGAACUGUGACCUCGAGCAGAGGCUGGCGGACACCGAUCUAUACCGCAACCGAGCCGAAGAGCUUGAGGUCGAAGUGGCCGAAAUGCGGCAGAUAUUCCAGCGUGAAAACCCAUUUGUUAGCGGAGUGGAAAAGCUCGUUCCGGAGUCCUUCUUUAUUUCCUUGAAAGACUCUCUAGAAAAGGAACUGAAUUGGGGCCCCGCUGACGGGGUGUCUUUGACUGUCCCGGAGCUGGAAAAGAGGGCCCUGAAAAGAAGCAGCAGCGAGACCUUCUUGGGCAGCACGGUGGGCGGAGACCUCCUCAAGGGCCACGAGGAAACCUGCAUCCGGAGGGCCGAAGCGGUGAAGCAGAGGGGCAUCUCCCUGCUGAACGAGGUCGACGCCCAGUACAACGCCUUGAAGGUCAAGUACGAGGAACUCCUGAAGAGGUGUCAGACGGACGAGGAGUCGGUGAAGCACAAGGCCGUGCAGACCUCAAAGCAGUGUGCCAAAGAGGCCAACGUGGGCAACGGCGCCUCAGACGUGCCCGCAAGGGAACUGGCCGGCGCGGGCGCCGAUCUGGGCAGCCUGCCCACCAGCGCUCCCCCCGAGUACAAACUUCUCUUUAAGGAAAUCUUCAGCUGCAUCAAGAAAACCAAGCGAGAAAUAGAUGAGCACAGGGCAAAGUACCGACCUCUCUCAUCUCAGCCCUGA